UGAUAAGAGAUUCAUUCAAGUCUAAUCAGCAUCUCUGCAAGCAGCAAGCACCGAGCAAACAGAUCAAUUAAUUCCUAUUCGGUUACUAUUACUAUUUCUUUUUUAUUAUUACUACUACUUCGUCCGUUUAUAUUGCAUCGAUUUGUGAUAAAUAAAAAACAGUAGUUUCUGCAAAAAAAAAAAACAACAAUGUUUCGUUCACAAUCCGAUAUGGAGAGUGGUCGCAUUCGUACCGCGCCACAAAGGAACUUCGAGAACAACUGUCAGCAGAUAUUCAACACGAAAGAACUGCUGAACAAAAUUCAGAACACCGAGGUUGGACCCAAAUAUUUUGAACUCUGUGGAUAUGAAUUGCACAUAAGGCAGAUUUCCGUACUCAUUGCCCUAUUCAUCCUUUUCGUGGCCAGUUGCAGUGUCGGUUUCAUUUUCUGGGGCACCAGCAUUUUUCAAAAUGCCAUUUUAUCCAAACUCGUAAUCUCCAACGAAUCUGAAGCAUACCAAGAUUGGGUGAGUCCUACGCCGACGAGGUUCCACAUUUACAUCUUCAAUUACACCAAUGUUGAAAACGUCGAAGCCGGAUACGAUGACAAGUUGAACGUCAAUGAAUUAGGACCUUUCAUUUAUGAAGAUCGCAUGGAACGUGUGAAUGUCAAGUUCAGCGAUGAUGGAAACACAGUUAAAUUCCAAGAAAAACAUACGUUCAAGUUCUUGCCACAUCUAUCGAAGGGUCGCAGACAAAAUGAUAGAAUUGUUGUACCUAAUAUGCCUCUGCUCAGCGCUGCAGCCAUGAGCAAGGAUUCUUUCUAUUUGACCAGGAUGGCAAUGUCCGGAUUGUUCAGGAGUUUAAACGCUCAUCCAUUUGUUACCCUUCCAAUCGAUAGAUUUGUAUUUGGUUACGACGAUGAUCUUUACAAUUUGGCUAAAGGUGUUUUGGCUCUGACUAAACCUCUGCCAUUUGAGAAAUUUGGACUCUUAGCUAAUAGGAAUGGAAUUGCUAAAGACGUCACUGAAAUAUACACGGGUAAAGAUGAUAUCAACAAGGUUGGCACCAUCAAGAGCAUGGCCGAAAAAGCUAACUAUGAUCAUUGGUUGAACGAAGAUUGUAACAACGUGGAUGCCGUCGAAGGAGUGCUUUUCUCGCCAAAACAAAUACACAACAAAGCCCCAGUCGAAUUAUUGUAUAAAGAUAUCUGCAGGAAGAUGCCAUACAGUUUUGAGAAGGAAAUUAAGAUCAUGAACAAUACUAUUAAAGCCUAUAGAUAUACAGUUGAUGAAAACGUUUAUGGUCAUCCCAGCAUCGACAAUCCCUCAAACCAAUGUUACUGUGACAUGGAGGGAGGAUGCCCACCUCAUGGCCUCUUCAACGCCACAAAAUGCGCCUUUGGUACUCCUCUCUUUAUCUCGAAACCACACUUCUACCAAGCCGAUCCCAGUCUGUUUGAAGCCGUCACCGGAUUGAACCCAAAUCCAAAGAACCAUCAAAGUUUUAUCGACAUUCAUCCAUUCAUGAGCUUCACCACGCAAGGCUGGACACGCGUUCAAACCAAUAUACAGGUUAAGAAAUCCUUCGGAAUUACUCAACUUUCAAUGUUCGAGGACGACAUGUUUCUACCAAUUGCAUGGAUGGAAUUUGGAGUGGACGCUAAAGAUCUUUCUGAUAAGGCGAAGCAAGUCAUCUACGAUUCUACUUAUUUAGUGAACGGAAUAGAUAUGGCUUUCAAAAUCGGCUCACUUCUAAUGGGUUUCAUCACUUUGCUCUCCAUAGUUUUGGUGAUUAGAGGAAGGACCUGCAGGAGCAUUGAGAAGUUGGGCAGAACCAUGACAGGGGAGAGCAGAUUGAUUGCAACUGAUCAGUGAUCGUUCCGAUCUGAACCAAGACUGAGCUUGUUCUCUCUAAAUAAUUUAUAUACUUAAUCAUUCAUACUUUUAUCUUCCGUCCAAUGAAGAAAUAAGGAUACUCACAUACCAUUGAGAUUCACUUGUUUUAUACUCGCUUCUCGCUCAUUUUAUUUUUAUUUUGUUAUUUUAUUUACUUCGGAAAAAAACCGGAGAUUUCAUCUAGGAUGAUUCGUUUUAAGAGUCGAUCAUGUUUUUAUUUUUUUGUUGACAUCGUUUUAGAGCUUAACGCUGAAUACUCAUAUACGUUAAAUAAUUGUAGAUACAUAUAUUUAUAUACACUUGUUACUAUUAUAUU